UUAAAUACAGCGUUCAAACGUGCCACAUGAUCUCUCAACCGAUGACAAUCAAGUAUUUCAUUGAGCAUGCGUGAGAGCCCGGAAAACUACAAAUCCCAUAAUUCUUUAUUACAUGUUUCCUGCCACAAUUUGUAUCUGUUACUGAUGGACCACUGUCUGCUGCGGGACCAGAGAUAUCAACACGUGGUGCAGCAUUUUCAAUUCUUAAUUGAAUUUAAAUGGGAAUUUCCUUCAUGUCCUCUACUGGAAAGAGCAGAUCUGGACUCGAGCAUUGUAUCUGCCUCAGCAGCCUACUUUAGCACUGGAAACAAACCUUCAGAAGGGAAAAUGGAUCACUGGUGUUGGCCAUCAGACACCAACAGCUUUCGACGUUUCACCCCUGAGUCCUUGGCAGCAAUUGAGCAAAGAAUUGCUGAGAAAAAAAAGCAGCCAGAGAAAGAAAAAGAGAAGCAUAAUUAUGAAGGAGUUGAAGAACAACUUACUCCCCAGCUUGAUCUACAAAUCUGCAAAAAGCUGCCAUCUCUUUAUGGGGACAUUCCAUCAGAGCUCAUUGGGGAACCCCUGGAGGAUUUUGAUCCGUACUACAGUGAUCACAAGACUUUUAUGGUGCUAAAUAAAAAGAGGACUAUUUUCCGGUUUACUGCCACACCUGCCUUGUGUGUCUUUGGUCCUUUUAAUCCAGUCAGAAAAGCAGCAAUUAAAAUUCUGACCAAUUCAUAUCCUUUCAUUGUCAAUCUCAUUAAUAUUUUUAUUUCUAUAACUUACAUACACUUUUUCCUCCUCAGAUGGGUUUUUACUGGCAUUUAUACUAUUGAAAUAUUGAUAAAAAUAGUAGCAAGAGGAUUUGUUUGGAAUGAAUUUACCUUCCUUCGAGAUCCGUGGAACUGCUUGGAUCUGUCUGUUACUAUUGUAAUGUGUAUUAUGUCUCAAAAUAUAGGCAAUGUUUCAGCUCUUCGAACUAUCGAAGCACUGAGGAUUUUGAAAGCCGUUUCAGUAAUACCACGUUUGAAAAUCAUGGUAAAUUCAAUUGUUGAAUCCGUUAAGAAACUUGCUGAUGUCUUGAUCUUGACUGUAUUUUGCUUGAGUAUAUUUGCUCUAAUAGGCCUCCAGCUUUUUAUGGGCAAUUUAAGAUUCAAAUGUGUCCUCAAUAAAACUGUGUACAAUGACUCAUUAUGUAAGGAUCCCAAGAUCUAUGUACCAAGUGAUGAAG